GGCUCGGCGAAGAUUUCUAUCUCUUGGCAACUCUCGCCCUCUUUAGUGUCACACAUGCAAAGUUGCGGCUAAGGAAGGGGGGGACCGCGCUGGGCUCUGCCGUCUGCAGAAGGCAGCUCUGGCCGACGGGCUUUUCUUCCAGAGGGGGGGAGAGGCGGAGAGAGGGGACGCGGGGAGGCUGAGAGGCGCUGCUGGGCGCGGGUCGGGAAGCUGGAAGUUGGUGCGCUCGGGAGCGCGAAGGCGGCGGGGAUCCCCGGGCGGUUGUGUCUCCCUGGCGCUGCCGGUUGGGGCUGUGGGGCUGCUGCUGCGGCGAGGGAGCCGCCGAGCUCUCCUUGGACAGGGCGCUGGUUUUGUUAUGUCUCCAGGGGCUUGUGUACGCUUCAGCCGGGACAGUGUUUUGUAACAUUGGCAAGCGCUUGGGCGCAGCUGUCUCCUUUCGCACCAAGGCGCCGCCGCCGCCGCUUGUUAGAGGGGGCGCUCGCUGUUGCCAUUGUCCUGGCGGAGUCUCAAUCGCAACUUUCCGCAGGAGAAGAAACCCGCAAGAACUAGGGGAACAGGGUCCGGCUGCGCUUUGCAGAGAGGCCGAGGAGAGAUGGAUUGGUUGUCAUUUCGGUGGCUCAGGUACUUUAGGGCUUUCUCGGAAGCCACGGUUUCCUCCGCCCGGGGAUUUUAAUUUGUGCUGUGGGGAUUACGGCAGAAAAGGAAGAAAGGGCCGCGAUCACUUUGUGUUGACGCGUUCGAAAAGUAAACUAGAUUUACUUUCGCCUAGAGUUAGUUAAGCGGAUCAUUUACCGGGGGAAGGAAAGGCUGAAAAGUUCCAGGUAUUUUAGUUAGGAAACCUGCCUAGACAGUGCAAAUUGCCCAGUACUGCAUGACAGUUGCUGUCGGAGGGUUUCGUGUCAGGCUAUUUGUGGGAGUUAUUGAAGGCUAUCUGGAGGUUUAUAAAAUACCCAGGGUUUAUUUGGGGGGGGGAGAGGGGCGUAAUUCUGGAAAGGGCCCGGGUGCUGACAGCUAGUCCGAGGGGCGUUCCGUCGAGUAACCCGACCGCGUAACUCCGAGAGAGCCUUUGGGAAGCUGCUGCGCUUUUGCGCGCCUGGGGCUUCCCCGGGAGCGCGUCUCUGAGCCUUUCGGUUCUGCUUCCCCGUCAGGAUGGAGCUGAGGUCUGAGAUGCCCAGCGUGCCCUCGGCGCCCGCUCCGGUGCCGCCCAGCUCGGUGGCGGCGGCCGCGGCCGCAGCGGCGGCCAGCCUGCCGGUGAGCGUGGCCGGGAGCCUCCUGCGGGCGCCGCCGCUGCUCCUGCGCGCGGCCGAGAAGUACCCCCGCACGCCCAAGUGCGCCCGCUGCCGCAACCACGGCGUGGUCUCGGCGCUCAAGGGCCACAAGCGCUACUGCCGCUGGAAGGACUGCCUGUGCGCCAAGUGCACGCUCAUCGCCGAGCGCCAGCGCGUCAUGGCCGCCCAGGUGGCGCUGCGCCGGCAGCAGGCGCAGGAGGAGAACGAGGCCCGCGAGCUGCAGCUGCUCUACGGCACCGCCGAGGGGCUGGCCCUGGCCGCCGCCAACGGCAUCAUCCCGCCGCGGCCCGCCUACGAGGUCUUCGGCUCGGUGUGCAGCGCAGACGGAGGCACGGGGGGCUCAGGUGAGCAGGCACAGCCCGAUCCCGCCACCUUGGCUGGCCACGAGCGCCCGUCCCCCGCGGGGCACGAAGGGGAGUAAGCCGGGGGCCAGGGAGCAAGUCUCGCCGACCUCAGGGGGGCUUACUUCCCAAGAAACACGCUCGGAAUCUCACUGGUUUAAGCGGGGCCGAAAAGGGGAGUCCGCUGAAUCUCCAUAUAAUGUCCAGAACAGAGCUGACUUCAGCCGAGCGCGCAGAAAUUUAUAACUCGGCGCUCAUCUCACCCACUUUAAUCUGUCCAGCUUACUCAAGCACCAUUUCUCAAAUCCUUCCAUUCUUUGCCGUUCCUUCGCUUUUUCUACCAUUGCCUCUACACUUCUCCAAGUCACUCCUGGACAUACACGAACAACAGUUCUGAAUCUCCCUCCUCCCCUCCCUAUUUCCACCACUUAGCACCCUUUGCUCUCAUGUCUCCAUCCAUUCUCACUCCAUUUCGCUCUCCACACAUCGCACUUAUCUGUCCUAUGCACCCACGAACAACGCAUAUUUCAAUACUGUACUACUUGUUGGAAUUAAGUCCCAGUGAUUUCAGUGGGAGACAAUUUUACCCAAGCUGUUUAUGAUAGAUAGGAUGUUACCAGGUUGCUUAUAAAUGUGGUCCAUUGGAAACAACGGGUCUUAUUUCCAAACCAAAACUGAGGCAUAUAUAUUCCUCUUGUCUUUUAUAUACUCUGUCAAGCUCAGAAACUCCUUUAAACUUUCCUUCUCCAUACUUAUUCCCUGUCUACCCAUCUGUACAUGUAUUUACACCCCACCCACAAUUCCUUCCUUCCAGACCCAUCUAUGACCAGGGGUCACGGUCUCUAUUGUGGACCCAUUUUAUGGCUUGAAGCCUCUGUUCAUGCAGAAGCAAACAGGGGUCAGUUGGACUUAUUUCCAGGUAAGUAGGUUUAGGAUUGUAAGCGAUCGCUCUGGGGCAGGGAGCUCCGACAGCAACGCGCAUCAGCCUCGCGCUAGUUCUUUGCUCGACUUCUAGGGGAAGGCUCUUCCGCUGCCUCAGCCAAAGGAGAUUGCGAGAGAGAAUGGCGCCCUCUACCGACCCCCCAUCGAUCCGACCCUGCUAAAGAGGUGCCAGGUGGUGUGGAGAGCAGGGGCCUGGUUUGCUAAACUGGCUCGGCAAAGGGGGCCAAGGAAGGUGCUUUGGCGUCUGGCAAAUUGCGGGGUGGGGAUGAGGAAUAAGAGCUGCAAGAUAGGCAGCACUUUAUACACCCACUUUCCCCGGGUGUGUGUCGUGUGAGCCCCACAUAACUCAGUGGGGCUUAUUUCUGUGUUGACAUGUAUAGGGUUGGCAGGGCAAGUGCUGAAGAGAAUUAACCAGGCUGGUGGGCAGAUGCCUGGAGACGUGCGUGUCCCCUUGCGGGAGUGUGUGUAGUGAGUCCAGUUUGGGCAGGCUGCAUACUUCUCCGAAUGGAGCUCCCCGGCUGCCGCCAAGCACGAGGAGCGGCUGAGAAGUUCUCGGCCUGACCCCCAAACCCAGCUCCACCCCGUCGAGGCUGAGAACUUUUCAGGCGAUGGUCAGUGGUGGGGCUCACGCGUCUCUCUCCUUCUCUCUUUCUGUCUCCCCUCGGCAGAGGUCAAGCUGCAGAAGUUCGACCUGUUCCCCAAGACGCUGCUGACCACCCGGGCCGCCACCCCGCAGCAGGCCAAGCCCCUGUCUCCAGAUGGCACGGACGGCGCACCGGGCACCUCUUCCCCGGAGGCGGCCCGCCACGGCUGCGGCUCGGGCUCGGAGAACGGCGACGGCGAGUCCUCGCUCAGCUCGCCCGUCUCGAAGGGCGCCAAGGACGGCUGCGCGGCCGAGGAGGAGAGCCCCGGCUCCAUCAGCCCGCUGGGCUCCGACUCGGGCUGCUCUGAGGCGGAGCGCGAAGAAGCGGGCGCCCCUUCGCCCGGGCUGGCGGCGGCCGUAGCGGCGGCCGGAGGCAGCCGGCAGCAGCGGACGCCCUUGGACAUCCUGACGCGCGUCUUUCCCGCCCACAAGCGCAGCGUGCUGGAGCUGGUCCUGGCCGGCUGCGGCGGGGACGUGGUGCAGGCCAUCGAGCAGAUCCUCAACAACCACCACCAUCACCACCGCGGGGCGGGCAGCCCCGGCCAAGGCCUCGCCGUCGCGGCGGCCGCCGCCGCCUCAGGACUGAGCUCGGCGGGGCCCGAAAAGGCGAGCGACGAGAGCUGGGCUCGGGCUGCCGGGGACACGACGACAGGGCCUCUGGGCGGCCUGCAGCCUUCGCCCGCCGGCGCCGCCGCUCACCACCGCCCCCUGCUGGCCGGCGCCAUGACGCCCGCCAUCGGCGCGCUGGGCAGCCGCUCGGCCUUCUCGCCCCUGCAGCCCAACGCCACCCACUUCGGCGCGGCGGCGGCGGCCGAGGCCAGCGCCUACCCUCUGGGCACGCACCUGGGGCUGAGCCCGCUGCGCCUGGCCUACUCGGCGGCGGCGGCGCACAGCCGGGGCCUGGCCUUCAUGACGCCUUACUCCACAGCCGGGCUCAUGCCCACGCUGGGCUUCCGGCCGCCCAUGGAGUACGCCUUCAGCGACCUCAUGAGGGACAGAUCCGCCGCCGCCGCCGCAGCAGCCGCCGCUGCCGCCGCCGCCAGUGCGCACAAGGAGCAGGCCUACCCCAACGGGCUCUACGGGCCCUUAGUCAACAGCGCCCCAGAGAAGCAGUAG